CUCACCCUCCUCCUCCUCCUCCUCUCCUCUCCUCCAUACCCUCCCUGACUCACCCCUCUCCUCCUCCUCCUCGCCCCUCAGUCCUGACAGAGACAGAGACUACAACGGGACUACAAAUCCCUUCAUCUCAUCUCCAUUCACCACAGCAGAGCUGCCUCUGGGAGAUGUAGUCCAGACCAUCGCCUCACCUCUGACCCCUGAUCAACCUCUACUGGUUACCACGAUGACCAGCACCAUGACGACGGACAGUGAAUCACAAUGGCCAGAGACGGACACACACCUGCUCUCACACACACACGCUACACACGCCAUCCAAACACACACACCUUUGUUGGACAUGUCACCUGCACACACACCUCUCUCACAGACACCUGUACUCUCCUCAACCGCGGUGUCCCCCCCCUCACCACUCAAUCCUAUCCAGGAACACAACGCCACCCAUCCUGACCAUUCUGUUUUGACCCCGACCCCAACAGCUCUGACCUCUCCCAGUGGUCCGAACACAACUCCCCUCUACCCUGUCGUCACAACCAGUCCUGUGGUCACCACCACAACCACAACACAACCAUCACUGACCACGAAACAACCAUCCACAACCACAACACAACCAUCCACAACCACAACACAACCACCACUGACCACAAAACAACCAUCCACAACCACAACACAACCAAUCUCUUCCACACAGUCGUUCCCCAGGCUCAGGACUACCAGACCCCCACCCUGGUCCGCCCCUCACCCCAGCCAGGGCAGCCCAUCAGCGGGUACAUCCUCUGGCCUGUCCCCCUCUCCUCCCCUCUCCACCAUCAGCUCCACACACAGACCCAGAGUCUUCAUCCUGCCUGAUCGGCCUGCUACCAUCAAAGAAGAGUCCAUUGAGUUGCUGCUGCAGGUGAUUCUGGAGGAGAGCAGCUCUGACCCGACCAGCAGUCUAGAGGACGACACUAUAUCCUGGGUGGCGCCCUACCUCCAGAGAGCCCCGGGAUUCCAGGACCUGCAGGGGGUUUGGAGCAGCGGUCGCGCGGUGCAGAGUGUGGUGGUGUUUAGGACCUCGGGAGCGUUGGCCUGGCUGGGCGUAUCAGGAGCGGGGUCUCUGCUGGAACGCACCGGAUUGGCCCAGGCUGUCAGAGAGGGGCGGAGCUUCAGAGGGUCAAAGGUUACGAACGUCACUGUGGGAGGUGUGCAGGAUGAUGUGUGUUUGUGGUUGUUCAACUGCCCUGCAGCAGGUUUUGAGUGUUUGUCCAGACCAGGUCACAUGGCCGUCUGUUCCUCGGUCUGUCACUCUGACUACUGUCACAACCAGGGCAUCUGUACCCACCACCCUCACCAACCACCCCUCUGCCAGUGCCCUGUGGGGGAUCAUUUCUGGUUCAUGGGUCGUCGUUGUGACGUGAGGAUGACGCAGCAGCGGCUGGUGGGGGCGUGCCUUGGUGUGCUGGUUGCCAUAGUUACACUGAUUGGCGCCGUGGCCUGGCUGGCGGUGCGACGAUACAGAGCCAUGUUGAUAAAGACUAAAGUAGACCAGACACGCAGCAGCUACCGUAGGUUCAACCACUUUGACGAGCUGUCAGGUCGUUUCUGGGGGCGGUCCAUUGGUGGAUCAGCUGACUCGUUGGAUAACCCCGUCUUCACCCGCUCCGACGAGUUGCUACAUCGGAGGGCGCUCGACCGCACCUGCUGUUACCACGACGAUACGCUGUCCCUGGCCUCCACCUGCCCUAGCAAUGGAACACACCUCAACACCGUCUACCCACACAAUUCCCAGUACGGCUGGGCGGUCAGCGAGGUCAGCCUGGCGGAGUGUGUGUUGGAUUCUGGGAAAGCCAGUGACCUGUCAGUGUGCAGCUGGCCCAUAGAACCCAUCCAGUGGACACCCUUCCCCCUGCUACAGCAACUAUCCUCUACACACAGAACCACCCCGGUGAGGGCGCUGCGUCCUCGGUCCUACUGUGAAGGUAUGGAGCUGGUGGAACUGGAGAAGAGCUGGACGGCCUAGCAACCACUGAACCGUUUAGUGGAGUCAGUCGUGAGGAAAGGUUGAACAACUGAAUCACUGAGUAAACUGAUUCACUGAAUCGCUGGGUCACUGAAUAAACUGUAUAACUGAGUCAACGGGAUAACUGAAUCACUGAAUAAACUGUAUCCCUGAUUUACUGA